UUGUUAGUCAGGGUCAAUGGUGUCUCACAUUCACCUACCCCAGUUGGAAUCGACCCACCAAGAUGUCUCACAUUCUCACUCCCACCAACCUCAGUUUGAACCAAAUCACUAUUCGAACCGAAAAGAACGGGGAACAUUUUGCAAAGAACAUUACAGCAAAGGAAUGGCGGAGAAAGACGAUGUCCAAAUUCCAAGGGUGAAACUGGGUAGCCAAGGACUUGAGAUUUCAAAGCUAGGGUUUGGAUGUAUGGGACUAACUGGAGCCUACAAUUCUCCAGUCUCAGAUGAGGAUGGAAUCUCAAUAUUGAAGGAUGCAUUCAAUAAAGGAAUCACAUUUUUUGAUACAGCAGAUUUAUAUGGAACUGGCGCCAAUGAAAUUCUGGUUGGAAAGGCCUUGAAGCAAUUACCAAGAGAAAGAAUUCAGUUAGCCACCAAGUUUGGUAUUGUUAAAUUUGAACCCACUCGUAUUAUAGUGAAUGGUAAUCCUGAAUAUGCACGCGCAUGUUGUGAAGCUAGUUUGAAGCGCCUAGGUGUAGAUUACAUUGAUCUGUACUAUCAACAUCGAGUAGACACGUCUGUACUCAUUGAAGAUACUAUGAGUGAACUUAAAAAACUGGUGGAAGAGGGAAAAAUCAAUUACAUUGGGCUAUCUGAAGCCAGUCCGGACACAAUAAGGAGGGCACAUGCUGUUCAUCCCAUCACAGCAGUGCAAAUCGAGUGGAGCCUUUGGACUCGUGAUGUUGAGGAAGAGAUUAUUCCACUUUGCAGGGAGCUUGGCAUUGGAAUUGUUCCAUACAGUCCCCUUGGUCAUGGUUUUUUUGCUGGUAAAGCAAUUGUGGAAAAUUUGCCUGCAAAUAGUUUGUUGGUCACACAUCCUAGGUUUCGAGCAGAGAACUUGGAAAAAAACAGUAAGAUAUACAAUCGACUGGAAAACCUCGCUAAGAAGCACCAAUGCUCUCUUUCUCAGUUAGCAUUGGCUUGGCUUCUCCAACAAGGGGAUGGUGUUGUGCCUAUUCCAGGAACCACAAAGAUAAAAAACUUGGUUGAGAACAUCGGCUCCUUGAAGGUGAAACUUACAGAAGAAGAGCUGCAAGAAAUAGCUGCUGCUGUACCCGUCGAAGAGGUUGCUGGUGAUAGAACAUACGAAAGCAUGAGUAAUGUGACAUGGAGGUUCGCAAACACGCCCCCAAAAGGAAGCAAAGCUUCAAAUUAAAACAUUCAUUCAUCAAUGUUGCUUUCUAGAAUUGAGCGUGCAACUAUAUGUAUUGCGAAUUGCAGAAGUGUGAGUUGGUGAACUAAAUAAAAUAAUUUGUGAUAUGUUACCACUCUAUUUGCUUAAUAUUGUGCUUGAUCAA